AUAGUCCAACGGCGAAAGAGAUAUCAGUGCCAGAAGGUGGCGGCUACAAGGCAGUUUUGGAGAUAUUGUUGAAGAAAGAUCCUGAGCAACGAGCAUCAGCUGAGACAACAUUAAAACUAUUGAAACAGCAUUCCAUUUAUGGCGCAAUUAUUAAAACGUUAGAAGAAAAAUUUUACAGAGUUGAUGAUGUAUGCCACAUCAAAAUAUCAGAUGAUAUUCGACAAGAAUUGAACAAUAAAAAGCCAGUGAGGUUAGCAGUUGAAGGAAUGGGGGAACAAAGAAGGUCUAAUGCAGCACAAGCUAUGACAACAGCAAAUAUUACCCAUGCAGCAGCAAAACUGAGCAUUUCAUCCGAAAUAAAACGUACCGAAUGUCGAUACGGAGCAGAUUGUUAUCGUGACACUCAAACACAUCGCCAACAAUAUUCUCAUCCAGGUGAUGCGGAUUAUUCGGGUGUUUUAACAAGUUAUUCUAGCACAGCACAUCAAAAAGGAGCAACUGGAUAUACUGAGUAUUCAACGCACAAACAAAAACCCUUGUGUCCAUACGGUGCUAAUUGUUACAGGAAAAAUGAAGAACAUCGUCGGGAUUAUCGACAUUAA